AUGAACUUCGCACGAACUCGGAUCGUUGCGGCCACACGUGGUUGCUUUCAUCUUCCGACGUUCCAACGCUCGCUGUCGACCAAUACGGACGUCGAUAACAAUGCAUUUGUGCAUAGUAUGUCCAAGGAGCAGGCAAAGAAGGCGUUAGAACGUAGCGCUGCUAUCCGCGCGGACCACUUUGCCGUCAAGAGCGACUUUCCCGUCUCGAGUCAGGGUGAGCAUCAGGUCGACGUGGACGAGGCGAAUCGCAAACGCAUUAUCUACCGCAGUAAACAACGUGGCUGGCUGGAGGUGGAUCUUCUGCUUGGUCGCUGGGCCAGUCAAAACGUCAUGCAGCUCUCAAGUGACGAGUUGCAACAGUACGAAGACAUUUUGAAUGAGGAGACGAUUGACAUUUUUAAUUACAUUUCUGGCAAAAAUGACGUCCCUGAGCGACUAAAUACACCGAUGAUGAAACGGCUUCAGGCGUAUUGUCUCUCGUCUCCGUUAGGGAAGGCGUCCAUUGAAGGAUUUGAGCAGAACAAAAAGUAUAUGAGCAACUAA